AUGCCGGGGGUUCCGCUUCAGUACUCUUGUCAGCGCCGUGUUAUUAGGAAUGACAUCAUCGUCAAUGUCGAGAUCAAGUACAAAGAUAUUGAUUUCCCUUCCGUCACCGUCUGCAAUUUGAACCCCUACAAGACGUCGAAGGCCCUCGAGUUCGGCGGGGUCAAGGAUACGUUAGAAUCCCUCAAUAAAGCGAUGCGAGCGAAGCAGCUCGAGUCGCCGCGGCUAGUUCGAGCUCUGCCAGAGGCUGGAGGCGACAGUUCGAUUCCUAGCGCUGCAUCGGUCUGUUUUUGCUUGAUU